UCCCCUAACUGAAAUGAGUCCAAAAAAGUCAAAGAAAAAAGGGGAUAAGGCAGAAUUCUAAAAAUGCCCUUCCUUUGAACACCAUCUUUGUGCAGGCAUCUGGGGGAGGCCGGCCGGGGCAGGGUUAUCUGCCAGCCAGGCCUGUAGGACUUCGCUUCUCUUGUUUAUCCCCGGCCACAUCUGGGGCAGCUGCCAGGGCCCGCCCCCACUCUGCCGUCAUUGGAGGAACUCAAACUUAAAGGCUCCUGCUAAGAAUCAGGAUGUUUCAUUUUCCUCUUACUGGUGGGCUUGCUGUGGCUGGUCUGGGAAGGCUGAGCCCUGGUCCAGACCCUUGUGGACAGUGAGUCUCUCGCCAUGGCAGCCUGCUGCAGCUGGAAUGAUGUUUUCCAGUAUGAGACAAACAAAGUCACCCGGAUCCAGAGCAUGAAUUAUGGCACCAUUAAGUGGAUCUUCCACAUGAUCGUCUUUUCCUACGUUAGCUUUGCUUUGGUGAGUGACAAGCUGUACCAGCGGAAAGAGCCUGUUAUCAGUUCUGUGCACACCAAGGUAAAAGGGAUAGCAGAGGUGAAAGAGGAGAUUUUGGAGAACGGGAUGAAGAAGGUGGUGUCCAGUGUCUUUGACACGGCGGAUUACACCUUCCCUUUGCAGGGAAACUCCUUCUUCGUGAUGACAAACUUCCUCAAGACAGAAGGCCAACAGCAGGGGUUAUGCCCUGAGUUUCCCACCCGCAGGACACUCUGUUCCUCUGACUUGGGCUGUAAAAAGGGACGGGUGGACCCGCAGAGCAAAGGGAUCCAGACCGGAAGGUGUGUAGAGUAUAAAGGGAAGCUGAAAACCUGUGAAGUCUCCGCCUGGUGUCCCAUCGAGGCAGCGAAAGAGCCCCCCCGGCCUGCGCUCUUGAACAUUGCCGAAAACUUCACAGUGCUCAUCAAAAAUAACAUCGACUUCCCUGGCCACAACUACACCACGAGAAACAUCUUGCCGGGUGUAAACAUCACUUGUACCUUUCACAAGACUCAGGAUCCACAGUGUCCCAUCUUCCGACUAGGAGAUAUCUUCCGAGAAGUAGGAGAUAAUUUUUCAGAUGCUGCAAUUCAGGGAGGAAUCAUGGGCAUUGAGAUCUACUGGGACUGCAACUUGGACAGCUGGUUCCAUCGCUGCCAUCCAAAAUACAGUUUCCGUCGCCUUGACGACAAGACCACAAAUGAGUCCUUGUAUCCUGGCUACAACUUCAGAUAUGCCAAGUACUAUAAGGAAAACAACGUUGAAAAACGGACUCUGAUAAAAGUCUUUGGGAUCCGUUUUGACAUCCUGGUUUUUGGCACCGGAGGGAAAUUUGACAUUAUCCAGCUGGUCGUGUACAUUGGCUCAACCCUCUCCUACUUUGGUUUGGCCACUCUGUUCAUUGACUUUCUCAUCAACACUUACUCGAGUAAAUGCUGCCGAUCCCACAUUUAUCCAUGUUUCAAGUGCUGCGAAUGCUGUGCAGUCAAUGAAUACUACUACCGGAAGAAGUGUGAGACCAUCGUGGAGCCCAAGGCGACGUUAAAAUAUGUGUCCUUUGUGGAUGAAUCCCACAUUAGAAUGGUGGACCAGAGGCUACUUGGGAGAAGUCUGCAAGGUGUCAAAGGUGAAAAAGUCCCACAACAGAUGACUGGGACAGAGAGCAAGCCUGACUCACUGGAACAGAGACUCAGCCUAUACCUGGACCACCACAGAAGUCCCUUAGGGGCUUAGGUGUCUGUUCAGCAAUUCUAUAGGGGCUGCAGACCAAAUCAGGUAACCCACCAGACCAGCUCUGGAAUCCAUCCGAUCUCACUGCUGAGCUACCCAAUACAUUCUAAUCCACAUCCUACUUCUAUGACUGGAAGUAGCUACUGCUGUUAAAAACUAGAAAAGGCCACGUUUAUGCCUUUAACGUUCUGUACUUUGCAGACAAUUAGAAUGGAUGAGGUUUGGAUGCUCCUUAAAAAGUAACUCACACCCAAAUCUUUAUCAUUUCUAUACGUCAACUGCUAAGAAUAUGAAAAUGGAGAGUCAGGAGGUUUUAGGAUCCUCCUUCAGGAUUUCCUUUUCACGGUUUUGGCACUGGAAUUGAUUAUUUCUAAACAACUAUUUUAAAGAAUAAAUAGAGACCACUAUUCAACACUGUGAGUGAUGAAGGAUCUGUGAUUUUUUAGCACAUAUUCCAAGAUUUGCCAUUUAGAUACUUUUUGAAAACCAGAUGCUUUCUACUGUAUUAAUGUAAAUCAAAUAUGAACAAGACACUUUUUUUUUUGACCCAGGAUUUUAUCUGGCUUUAAACUCAGGAAUAAGCUAGGCCAGACUGAACUUUCAUUUUUGCUACUGUUCAGAGGUAGUAGAUAGGACUUCUUAUAUAUAUGAGAUCUUUUUGAAAAGUGAAUGAUACAUUACUUCUUCAGAAUUUAAACUUUUACUCCUAGAAUUCUAUGUAAGAGCUACAGAUCUCCAUUCUGACAGCCUCUGAGCCUUUAUACUUUUUUUUUUUUUUUUUUUGUUUGUUUCUGGUGCCUUCUCCCUGGUUUCUAUCACCUCUGGACGUCCCAAAUGGAGUCAGAAUGUGGAAUGACAGGUAGUCACUGGAUCCACCUACUAUUCUCCUCUGCCUUCCUCACAGAUGCUUUAGGUGAGAGAGUGAUGUGUUAUGCCAACCGUGUGUGAAAUGUCUGACACUUCCUGCAAUAAUAUGCACCAUAUUUGUAACUUGUUUUUACCCUACUGCAUAAAGUAAUGUCAUCAGCAAAGGUAUCCCAAGGAGAAUCACACUUUGUAGGGACUGUUUCCUUGGACUUACUUCCAUUAUUCUAUAUGGUAAUUGCCGGGUAGUCACUGUUUCCUGUCUGUGUUCAUGCUUUUUUGUAAACGUUGACAGAUUUCAUGUAGCAUUGGUAACGAACUUGCAUUCCUCUCUUCAGAGGGCACAAGUCUUUGCACACUUCCUAAUUCUAGCUUGGCAAUGUACUUGUCUUAACUAGACUGUUUUGAUAAUAAAAAGUAAUGUAUAAUUUAU